AUGGCCGUGAAGAUGCGCUCCGCGGCCAAGUUCUUCUACCUGGCCGUGUUUGGCCUCAUGAGCCUGGCCAAUGCUAAGGAACAAGAGCAAAUGUCCAUGCAUGGCUACGACACUUGCGCGAUCGACCACAAUGCUGUGGUCUCCGACGCCUGCGUUUCCUACCACACAAUCGAUGCCCUUAAUGACCAAGUCUACUCCCUCGUCCAGUCCAUCACACAAGAAACCGAUUUCUUUUCAUACUAUCGCCUCAACCUCUUCAAUAAAGUGUGUCCGUUCUGGUCCGACUCCGAAGGCAUGUGCGGCAACAUUGCGUGCGCCGUGAAUACUAUAGACAAUGAAGACGAUAUCCCGUUAACGUGGCGCGCGGAGGAGCUGAGUAAACUGGAGGGGCCGAAAGCCGGACAUCCGGGGCGCAAGCAGCAGCAUGAGAGGCCGCGGGAUCGACCGUUGCAGGGAAUGCUGGGAGAGGGUGUUGGGGAGAGUUGCGUGGUGGAAUACGAUGAUGAGUGCGAUGAGCGGGACUACUGUAUCCCAGAGGACGAAGGGACUAGCGGAAAGGGUGAUUACGUGAGUUUGGUUGACAACCCUGAGCGAUUUACGGGAUAUGCAGGAGCAGGCGCAAACCAAGUCUGGGAUGCCAUCUACCGUGAGAACUGUUUCCUCAAGCCGGUCCCCGAGCUUGAGCAGUCGUCCUUUGCUCCGCUGGGUGGGCUCCAGGCUAUUCAGGACUUCCAGAAUGUCCUCCAGAAAGAGUCGAAGCGGCCGGAUAUAUUGCCACUGGAUAAUGAGUGUGUUGAGAAGCGGGUCUUCCAUCGGCUCAUUAGUGGAAUGCAUGCGUCUAUCUCGACACAUCUAUGCUGGGACUAUCUCAACCAAACCACGGGACAGUGGCACCCUAACCUUCAAUGUUUCAAGGAGCGACUCCACAACCAUCCGGAACGUAUUUCGAACCUGUACUUCAACUAUGCGCUGGUAUCGCGCGCUGUAUCCAAGCUGCGGAAGCACCUGGAGGGCUACACGUACUGUAUGGGCGAUCCGGCACAAGACCAAGAAACUAAAGAGAAAGUUUCGCUCCUGACUUCCACUCUCGCCGAGCGUCCCCAGAUCUUCGAUGAGAACGUCAUGUUCCAAGACCCCAGCGCCAUUGAUCUUAAGGAAGACUUCCGUAACCGUUUCCGCAACGUCAGCCGAUUGAUGGAUUGCGUCGGCUGCGACAAGUGCCGUCUCUGGGGAAAGCUUCAGGUCAACGGCUACGGAACCGCUUUGAAGGUCCUUUUCGAGUACGACGAGACCAAGAACGGCGAGAAUCCUGCGCUGCGCCGAACAGAACUAGUAGCCUUGAUCAACACGCUCGGUCGUAUCUCUCACAGUAUCGCCGCCGUCCGAAGCUUCCACCGUGCAAUGGAGGUCACCGACGGCCAGGUAUUCGCCAUCCCCGCCGGAUCGAACGCAGGACAGAGCCGCGCGGGCGGCAAGAAAGUGCGUCGUCUCGUCAAAGACGGUGGCUCGACCUUCUACUACGAAGGUGACGACAGCGAAAAUUGGCAGUAUAUCACCCAGACGCGCCCCUGGGAGAGACGGCGAGUGAGGCACAAGGACGACACUUUCAUGGACGACCUCAAGGCCGAGUUCUCCGUUGUAUGGGAUACUCUCAUGUUUGUCUUCAAGAGCUGGGUUAAUAUACCCUGGACAUUGUGGGAGAUCGGUGUCCUCGAAGCCAACCGCCUUUGGAGUUAUUGGCUAGGUCUUCCAGUGCCGCCACGCAGUUGGAGCAUCCAGCUUCCACAGCGACCGCCUCCUUCUUUUCGCGAUGAGCUGUAG